AUGUCCUCAGCGGUAGUUUCCAGCACCAAUCCAUUGAAUGGUGUCAAUGACCACCACGACGGUACUGACCACGGCAGCGUCCUGACGCUGCGCCAGCUAGACCAUGAGCCCCCUCCAAAUGUGGGGAACAUCCCACGCAUCCCUCCUGACACUCCGUUGUUGUCUGACACCAGAUUCUCACGGCGGGUAUCGUUCAACAACCUCCACCAGGACUGGGCCGAGACAGAGCCGCCAGCCUGGAAUCCGUUGUACACGCAAAACGGCAACUAUGACCACUUUUCCGACCCCAACUUCGGAUACGGCAACUCCACCGUCAACGACAUCCUGAAAGCGUAUAGCCAGCAGCCAGUCAAGAAGAAGUUGAAGCUUCCCGCGCCUCCGUCCAAGUCCAUUCUCAAAAACAAAGUAUCUUUGCAGCAGUUGGAGUACAACUCAAUGGCGCGUGAUGUUGCCGUGGAGUGCGAGGACGACUUCACCGAUAAUAACAAGACGCUCACCCUGGGGGAGCAGACGCAUGCUGCACCACCGCCAGCUGCACCUUCCAGCCGACGCAAACUGUACCUGGGCAUGACCGACGAGGAGCUCAUGGCGUUGGACCCCCAGUUCAAAACCACCAAGGCCAAGACCUCCAACAUGGAGAACUUCAAGUUCGACUCCCAAACAACAUACUACCUACCAUCGCGAAGACCUUCCACCUCCACCAUCGGCUCGCAACCAGCUCCCCGCCAAGUCAUGUACCCAUCCUCCAACGAAAACAACUACAAGUCCAUCAGUCUCACCGUAAAGCACAACCAGUUCGACCAGUUCCCCUACAACCGUACCAUUCUCACCGUACUCUCGGGAAGAAGACACACCUGGAACUCGGUCGACUGGUUGCUCUUGAUCAACCAGUCGCUCGAGGAGUCGGCCACCUCGUUCCUCCAGGACGGCGACUACCUUGUCAUUUCUGCGUUAAUUCCGUUGAAGUUCUUGAACGACUACAAGAAGCACGCCAAGAAGCCCGCGGCCUUGGACGACUACCUCUACAAGAAGUGCGAAAAUCUCCUCAACUACAUUGUCAACAACGAGCUCUUGAAAGCAAACGAUUUGCGAUUGAAGAUCACCGUGGAAUUGGUCACUGAUAACGAUCCUUUGAAUGGACAUAUCAUCAACCCCAGACUCACAGGCACCAAGUACAUGCUCCAGCAUCUUUUCAAGCAGUACCAGCCUAGCAUAGUGGUGGUGGGCAACAAAUCCUCAAACUUGAAUUUUAAGUACCCCUUGAAGAUCAAGAAACAAAACCAGAAGGAUGAAUUCUUGAUCAAAUUGAGCUCGUUUGUGGUCAAAUACUCACCAGUCCCGGUGGUCUUGGUUGGUAAUAGCACCGAGUUUCACAACAAGACAGGACGCGAAGCCAUCUCUUCCUCCGCAGAGUCUAUCGAGUCAACUGAGUCUUUCACAGGCCCCGAAUGUGACUUUGGCGAACAGCUUGCAACCAUUAGCGAGUCGCAAUCCGAGUCUCGGUUCGAAGAUAUGAUCAAGCUUAUUUCGGACAAGUCGCUUGGCGACUCCAGAUACUACCUUGAGGCUCUUAAUUCCAAAGAUGACAACUUGAAGUUGGAUUCCAAGAUCCACUCGAUAUACAGAAGCCAGACCACUGGGCAUAGAUCCAAUUCCUUACACCGCAUGACCAGUGCUGACUCCAGCACCCACGAAAUGUACUCAUCCAACGACCCCAUCUACAAGGUUAGAAGUUUGAUCAGCUACAACGAGGAGAAGGAGCUGAAAAACGACAAGUUGCGUAAGGACUUGAAGCGCAACAGAACUCGCAACAGUGUUUCCUCGAAAUCAACUGUGGGAAGUGACAAGAAGGAUGCCAAGGACAAAAAGGAUAAAAAGGAAAAGAAAUCGCUCUGGCAGAAAUUGGGAUUGAAAAAAUAA